UCCUUCAACAGUUUACUAAACGCAGCUUCGUCUUAGCAAACGUGCGGAUCCUUCCGCAGAUCAGACGCGGGAUGUGAGGUGUGGGGUGAGGACCGCACCGCGGCGGACAGAAGAGGUCCUGCCGGCUCCAUGCUGCUGCACUUAUUUCUGGCGGCGGGGAGCUCACCCCGUUACCUCCGCCUCUCCUUCGCACGGACACUUGCUCCCCUCCAGCCUGGGCCCUGAGCGCAUCGGCCCGACCAGCGCCCGGGGAGGGCAGGAGGCGCCGGCCCCAGCAAUUCUCCCGGGCGGUUCUUUCCUCUCCCUCGGCUCUGCGCCUUCUCUCCGGGGCCGCGGGUGUCUUUGCCAAGCGGUGGUGGGGUCGGGGCGGCUCCCCUGCGCGGGCCAAACUUGAGUGGAAACUCAAAGCCUAACGAAACGCGGAGCGGUCUGGGGACCCGGCUCUCCGCCGCGCGCUCUCCCUCCCAGCACGCCGCUGGAUCCCCGGGCCUCUCGCAGAGACCUAGGCCCCUGCCUGCCCCUCGCCCCCACCUCCACUCCACCGGGAGAGCGCUCGCUCUCCCUUUUCUGCCCCCCUUCCGCAAGCUGGGCCGCCCCCGGAGCGCCCGGGUGGGUGGAGGCGCGCUGCAGCCUCUGCUUGGCACUCUGGAAAAACCUCCCCUCCCGGGAAGACUUCGACGUGCGUCGCCAGACGGAAACUCCGCUGAGCAGAACCCGCCGCCAGAAUGCUGCUCCUGCUGCUGGGUAUCAUCGUCCUCCACGUGGCCGUGCUGGUGCUGCUGUUCGUGUCCACCAUCGUCAGCCAAUGGAUGGUGGGCAAUGGACAUGCGACUGACCUCUGGCAAAACUGUAGCACCUCCUUGAUGGGCAGUGUCCAGCACUGUUUCUCGUCAUCAGCAAAUGAAUGGCUACAGUCUGUCCAGGCCACCAUGAUCCUGUCCAUCAUCUUCAGCGUUUUGUCUCUGUUCCUGUUCUUCUGCCAGCUCUUCACCCUCACCAAGGGCGGCCGGUUCUACAUCACUGGGGUCUUCCAGAUCCUCGCUGGUCUGUGCGUGAUGAGCGCGGCGUCCAUCUACACGGUCCGGCACCCGGAAUGGCAUUUCAACUCGGACGGCUCCUAUGGCUUCGCCUACAUCCUGGCCUGGGUGGCCUUCCCCCUGGCACUUCUCAGCGGUGUCAUCUAUGUGAUCUUGCGGAAGCGUGAAUGAGGCCCGGGGAUGGGACGGCCGAGGCUCUGAGCUCACGUGGGGAGGGAGGAAGCAAACCAGAAGCCAGGAAAACAAACAAAAAAAACCAAGCUAGCCAAAAAACCCAAACUCAAACCAAACCAAACAGAAAGCAGCGCGGGGGGUGGGGGGGUGGUUAGUGUUGAUUGAAGAUGUAUAUAAUACCGACGGUUUAUAAAACCUAUUUAUAACACUUUUUACAUAUAUGUACAUAGUAUUGUUUGCUUUAUGUGUUGACCAUCAGCCUUGGGUUGAACCUUAAAGUAGCUAAGGAACUUGACAUCCUAACCAUAUAAUCAAGCUCAGUUUUUUUUUUUUUUUCGUUUUUCUUUGUUUGUUUUGCCCAGAAAGAAAGAAAGCUCAUCACGCCCCUUCCCCUUCAUCUGAAAAAGUUACCUCCCUCCCACUCCACCUCAUUUAGAAAACCAAAGUGUGGGUAGAAACCCUCAAUGGCCCAAAGCCUUUAACUGUGGGUGACCCGCCGUGUGUCACAGACACGCGCUGCCCACGCCUCUGUGUGCAGCCUUACCUGCACUCAACAAAGCCCCCAAACUGGAGCCCUCGGAGAAUCGCGGCUUGUGGCUUUGGAGUCCUUGCCCUGGAGAGGACGCGGUGUCCCAGUCGCGCGUCUAGCUUAGAAAUCGGUGACAACAAACCUAUGAAGUGGUGCUAUGUAUUUACCAUUCCUUACGAUCACUAAUCAUCUAAACGCCUCACUGGAAAUUCAAUUAACAAUUUUACAACAUAAAGCUGAAUGGAGACCUGAAUAAUUCUGUGUAAUAUACAUGGUUUAUAACCGCUUUUGUACCUGGCUAGGCUGCUGUUAUUACUAUAAUACGUAACAAUGCACCGCCUUUAUCACUCCCACAUUUCCUUAUGGUCGGAGCAUCCGGACAAGCUUCUAGACCCCCUGGGACGGUGGGAUCCCAGGAUAUGGCGGAGUCUAGACUGUCCUCUGCCUCCAAGGACUGUCUGGCAAUGACUCGUACUGGCCACCAACUGUAGAUGUAUAUACGGGGCCCUUCUGAUGCCAAGACUCCAGACCUUGUUUUUUCCCUCUUUUUUUUGCUUUGCUUUUUCUGAUUUUAUACCAACUGUGUGGACUAAGAUGCAUUAAAAUAAACAUCAGAGUAACUCA